GUUGAGGCGCCACUGCCGCAGAGGACAAAUGUCAACCUUGUCGCCUUGCGAUUUUUCUCAAAAAGUUUUUAUUUGGCGAUAAAACCCCCAUUUAUCGUGCAUAUUGGGCAUUUGUGAGGCUCUGGUGGUACAGUAAUAGGUAAAUUGUGCAGAAGUGACAAUGUUUUCCCUAAAUCAUCACAAUCAACAAAUCCUCUUCCAUCUGAGCCAAAUAACACCGCGGCGGAACAAUGUGGCUCUGAAGAAACACAAGACAAAGAAGAACGCUGCGACUGAGAAACAUAACCACACUCUUCAGUUAGAUAAGACGAUACUGUGUCCGCUGAGUAUGCAGGAAGUCCUCCAGAGUAUGCGAUUUGCCCCCUUUCCCGCCCACCAGAGGCUCUCGAAUGCACACCUCACGGAGCUCUGCGUCGUCCUGCACCCAGAGCGGAGGAUACCACGGGAUAAGUCACCGUGGAGAGUGAGUUACGUGCCAGAAGACUCAUUUAGCAUAAAGCCCACGACCAGCGGAAGGAUAUCGAGUUUCCCGGGAAGUCUCCUGGCCAAUAAUCUUAAGUGCAGCAUCCAGAUCCGCGGAUUCAAGACAGACAGAUCCAUAGACGCCGAAAUGAAGCGAAAUCCGGGGCUGUUGGCGAGAUUUCGGGGGAGUUUGGGGCCCAGCGGUCGUGCAGACGCCCCCCAUGUUCCGGCCAGUGCCACAUCCGGCAGCGAGACGCUGAACAAGCUGCUGCAGCAGGUGGAGGACGGCGGACUGAAUGGGGAGCAGAAGCAGAGACUGAAAGUGGCCUUUGCCGAGGGUUACCUGGCGGCCAACAGUGCCGAUGGCACCAAAGGGAGUCGAACUAUGAAGUACCUCAAGGUUCUCCAGCAGAUCGUGAUCAUCAUUGUGUUUAUCGGGAUAUUCUUCAGUCUGUUCUCCUCGACGAGUGGAUCGGUGUUUAGUAAUUCCCAAACUAGGAUUCAGCUGGGCAACCAAGUGGAAGUGGAUCCGGAGGAGAUCAAUGUGACUUUCGAGGACGUCAAGGGAUGCGACGAGGCGAAGCAGGAGCUGAAGGAAGUGGUGGAGUUCCUCAAGAAUCCCGACAAGUUCUCCAAUCUGGGCGGCAAGCUGCCCAAAGGGGUGCUGCUGGUGGGGCCGCCGGGCACAGGGAAGACGCUGCUGGCGCGUGCAAUCGCCGGAGAGGCUGGAGUGCCCUUCUUCCACGCCGCCGGGCCGGAGUUCGACGAGGUGUUGGUGGGACAGGGCGCCCGGCGGGUGCGUGAUCUGUUCAAGGCGGCCAAGGAGAGGGCGCCGUGUGUGAUCUUCAUCGAUGAGAUCGAUUCGGUGGGCGCCAAGAGGACAAACUCCGUUCUGCAUCCGUACGCCAAUCAGACGAUCAACCAGCUGCUGUCGGAGAUGGAUGGCUUCCACCAGAAUGAGGGUGUGAUUGUCCUGGGCGCGACGAAUAGGCGGGAUGAUCUCGAUCAGGCGCUGCUGCGACCGGGGCGCUUUGAUGUGGAAGUGGUGGUGCCCACGCCCGACUUUGGGGGCCGCCGAGAGAUCCUCACGCUCUACCUGGCCAAGAUUCUGCACAAGGACAUCGACAUUGACACACUGGCGCGCGGAACGACGGGAUUCACGGGCGCAGAUCUGGAGAAUAUGGUGAAUCAGGCGGCUCUGAGGGCGGCGAUUGAUGGGGCGGAGGUGGUGACGAUGAAGCACCUCGAGAGUGCCCGCGAUAAAGUGCUGAUGGGGCCGGAGAAGAAGGCUCGCGUGCCGGACGAGGAGGCGAACAAGAUCACGGCCUAUCACGAGGGCGGACACGCCAUUGUGGCGUACUUCACGAAGGAGAGUCACCCCAUUCACAAGGUGACCAUCAUGCCGAGGGGCCCCUCGCUGGGGCACACGUCGUACAUCCCAGAGAAGGAGCGCUACCAUGUCACAAAGGCCCAGCUCCUGGCCAUGAUGGACACGAUGAUGGGCGGCAGGGCGGCGGAGGAGCUGGUUUUCGGCCCGGAGAACAUCACUUCUGGCGCCGGGAGUGAUCUGAAGCAGGCCACGAGCAUCGCCACGCACAUGGUGAAGGACUGGGGCAUGUCGGAGCGCGUGGGGCUGCGCACGAUUGAGGGUGCGAAGGGGCUGCAGCCGAGCGAAUCUCUAGGGCCCAACACAGUUGAGCAGGUGGAUGCGGAGAUUAAGAAAAUCCUCAGUGAUAGCUACGAGCGGGCCAAGGCGAUCCUCAAGGCGCAUCCCAAGGAGCACAAGGCUCUGGCGGAGGCGCUCCUGAAGUACGAGACUCUCGAUGCUGAGGAUGUCAAGGCCAUCAUGGGUGGCUCCAAGAUACACCAAGAGGCGAAGGCGUCGUAGGAGAGAAAGCGCUUAAAUUAUCUUGUAAUAUUUAGUUCAAAUAGAACGAUUCCACUCUCA